AUGGAAACACAGCUAGUAAUUAUCUACAGAUAUCAGAUGACGGGAAAACUGUGUCCGGGACAUAUAGGAACCAGAAUCAUCCAGAAACACCAGAGAGAUUCCAGUAUAAUUCUCAGGUGA